GCUAAGUUGGCUCGAGAGACACGCACUGAAUAUAUAUAAAGCGGUUCUAUGAGAGUUAGAGCUUCAACAGAGUUUGGUCUGUCGAUGUUCUGUUAACAGAUGUGUGGACAUGUUUCCCACUACUCAGAUGACAAGUGAUCAGGGUCCUCCGACACCCUCAGGAGUCAGCAGUGUUCCUCCUUUGGACCCGCAGUAUUUUUACACCCAAGGUCAAGGCCUUCAAAUAGCCCCGCAGCGUUGUUUCCCCACAACGGAGAAAGCCGGCCAAGGAGGAACAGAAACUUACCGUCAGUUCAUCCAGACUUCCGAGCACGAGAGUAUGGCCUUGCCUUACAAUGAAAACGAAAUGAACCAGAGUGUACAAGGAAAUCACAGGGCCCCAACCACUGGAUAUAACAUUAACCACACUAAGGUUAACGAGGGCCCUGGUAUGUGUGCUUAUAUCUUAACAGCCAUAUCAAUUCUGUUGAUCGUUGCAACCUUUCCUUUCUCAUUCAUUUUUUGUGUCAAGGUUGUUCAAGAAUACGAGAGGGCUGUGAUAUUUCGACUUGGCAGACUUGUUCGAGGUGGUGCGAAAGGUCCAGAUCAGCCAAGUCCUAGUGACCAAAGCCAAAACGAUUCUGUUUCAGGCAUAUUCUUCAUUAUCCCGUGCAUCGACACCUACUGCAAAGUGGACUUGAGGACAGUGUCCUUCGAUGUGCCGCCUCAAGAAAUACUGUCCAAAGAUUCCGUUACCGUGGCUGUCGACGCUGUCGUAUACUAUCGCAUCAGUAACGCUACCAUUGCUGUUUCCAACGUUGAGGAUUAUGGGCACUCAACCCGCCUCCUAGCGGCCACCACUCUGCGAAACGUGUUAGGAACUAAAAAUUUGUCUGAAAUUCUCUCAGAGAGGGAGAGCAUUAGCCAUGUGAUGCAGGCUAAUUUGGACGAAGCUACUGACCCCUGGGGAGUAAAGGUUGAACGAGUUGAAAUAAAAGAUGUUCGUUUGCCAGUGCAGUUGCAGAGAGCAAUGGCCACCGAAGCUGAAGCAGCUCGUGAGGCGCGUGCUAAGGUGAUCGCUGCAGAAGGUGAACAGCGAGCGUCUCGAGCGUUGAGGGAAGCAUCGGAAGUGAUCGCCGACUCUCCAUCUGCUCUCCAGCUCCGUUAUCUUCAGACACUUGGCUCCAUCGCUACUGAGAAGAAUUCCACCAUCGUUUUCCCCAUUCCUCUAGAACUUUUCCGGGGAUUUUUAAAGAGAAAUAUCUGAAGCACCAGCUCAGAACAGAAAAUAAUACUGUAGUAAACAGCUGAACGUACAUUUGAGCAACGUGUAUCUACUACUGGUUAUAAAUACAUUUUUGUAUAUCAUAAUAUAUCCGAAAUGCUGUUUGCCAAAGACCGUCAAAAUGUAUUGUCUUGCCAUCUAGUGACAAUUUGUUAAAGCUCAUUAACUACUUCUUCAGUACAUCACAGCAGUCACUGGUUUAAUGAAAUCCAACUGUAGGUUGAGCCAUAUUUAUAUUGUUCGUGAUAGAAUUUUAUUAUUGUCUUUCUUCAAACAUGUCUAUGAAAAUAGGAAGGGUUAUAUCCCUUCUUUCAUUGCGUCAUAUAAUUCUGUAUGAGUAAAAUCGCUAAAUAUUUAAAAAACUUUUUCGUGUGAAAUGUGCGUGAAUAGCUAAGACUUUCUGUUUUGAUAUUUUGUUGCCUAAUUCCAUCAAGUAUUGUAAUUGUCAUAAAAUAUCCUGAAUUUACACAAUAAAGCUGGCUUAAACAUAAUAAACACUUUUCAAUGGAACUGUACAUAAAAAUAGUCAAACGUUUACUUAUGUAUUACUUUGCUGAACAAUCAAAUAUAAAUGUAAAACACAAGAAGCGUGGGAAGAAAGUGGAUUCUUUUAUUUUUAAUGUUUACCAAACAAUUUACGUCGAUACAUUAGUACAAACUAAACUGCAGCAAAAACACAAUAGUGGCUAAUUAUAAACAAAUUGCUAUGCCCCCUCCCCGUUAUAGUUGACCUUUCCUCUAGCUAAUUGGAUAUACGACAAUUGUGAAGAUACCGAUAGCAUACUUAAUGUGAGCAAAUUCGAAAACGUUCUCACACAUUUACAUAAAACUACGCAUCUGACCACUAUAUAUUUAUCGUCAGACUACUUACCGUGCAUCUUAUUUCGGUUAACCCCCCUCCCCCCAUGAAGUAGUAUCAUCUGAGAAAUUCGGUCUGCAUCAGUCAAUCAUCUCUUAAGCAAAUAAAUCCGUUAAAGACUUGAUGAGUCACGUAAUUGUGCAUACUUGUUGAUUCCUAGUUUCUUCUACAGUUGGUGUACAUGUUUCAGAACAUACACUUGUAUACGUGUAUAAUUAUGUUUAACAUUUAUGAAUUCUGUCACUUGGUGUACAUGUUUCAGAACAUACACUUGUAUACGUGCAUAAUUAUGUAUAACAUUUAUGAAUUCUGUCACUUGGUGUAAAUAUUUCAGAACAUACACUUGUAUACGUGUAUAAUUAUGUUUAACAUUUAUGAAUUCUGUCACUUGGUGUACAUGUUUCAGAACAUACACUUGUAUACGUGUAUAAUUAUGUUUAACAUUUAUCCUUUAGUAAUUUAUACAGUAACGUCUAGCUGCUCUGUAAGAUGUUAUUGUAUUGUAUUGAAACCACAUACAGUUUUAUGUGGUUUGUGUGUUUGUUGUUAAGCAGAGAUAUGGAAUGGUUAAGAAUGACUGGAAAUCUAGAUUCGUCAAAAAAGUAUAGCAAAAAUUCAAAAUUGUAGCUAAAACUCAAAACCGUAAUUUGCGACAGAAAAAACUGUUUCUGCUUGACAUAUUGAGAACAGAAGCUCAAAACCGAUUUCUUUCUAAACUCUUUUAUCGAUUUUAGAAUUGCAUACGUCUUUGGUAAUCUAAUUAAUAUCAACCUUAUAUUAACUGGAAGAAAAAAAACCUUAUCAAGCCUUAUCUGUAUGAGCAUUUGGGUAGAUUUUUAAAUUAUAAUUGCGACUUUUUAAAUCUCUUUUUCUUAAUGUUGUUUAAAGGUUCUAACGUUGGAAUGUUUGAAAGUAUAUUUUGACAUUGUUGCCCAAAGUAUUCUAUUAUCAUUCACACCAAACUUCAAUCAACUUUCAUGGAUUAGCCAUAUCUCUUCUCUGAAUGAAAAAGUAGUAAUUGAAUCAUGUAGGCUUAGUAUAAAUACCAAUGUCUAUAUAGCAACAAGUCAUAACAUUUACCAGCUAUAGCCUGUUAAAAUAAGUUUGACUAAAAAUAAUAAUUUUAUUGGGAAACAAAAACAUACAUUUAGUUCAACACAC